UAAAUUCCAUGCCCACCCUUUGAAUCUUCUUUGCCUAAAUUCAUACACAUAUUCCAACAAGAAACAAUCUCUGCGCUUCCUCUAAUGAUAUGAAAACCAACAACAAAAACAAGAACCCAGUUUCUGUUUUUCUUUCUUCAUUAUUCUUUCUUCUAUCUUCUUCACCUCUGUUUUGCCAUGGGGUUGACAUAAUCCGACCAGGUGACACCGUAAAAGAUGGCGAGAAGUUGUCAUCUGAAGAUGGGGUUUUCGAACUGGGAUUUUUAAGCCCUGAAAAUUCCAGUUCUAGAUAUAUCGGAAUAUGGUACGAGGUUGAUGUAAAAGCAGUUGUAUGGCUUGCAAACAGAGAUAAGCCAAUAUCUGAUAGAAAUGGAGUUUUAAGGAUUGGAUUUGAUGGUAACUUAGUUGUUCUUGACGGGAACAGAAGUUCAGUUUGGUCCUCUAAUGUCUCGGGUUUGUCAUCGAACAACACUGCUGCGAUUCUCCGAAAAUCUGGGAAUCUUGUGCUAUCAAACAAUGAGGGUGGAACCAUUUGGGAGAGCUUCAAUCAUCCAACUGAUACAUUUUUGCCUGGCAUGAGAGUACCAGUGAAUUCUGCAAUAGGGGAGUUCCGAUUUUUCAGAUCGUGGAAAUCGGUUAAUGAUCCUUCACCGGGAAACUACAGCGUUGGGAUCGAUCCUAACGGAGGUCCUCAGGUUGUGAUGUGGGAUCAAAGGAGAAGAAGAUGGAGAAGUGGUCAGUGGAAUUCAGUGAUUUUCACAGGUGUUGUCAAUAUGAGUAAUGUUGCUAGUUUUUUAUAUGGAUUCAAGCUUUCUCAGGCUGAUGAAAAUAAGACUCAGUACUUCACGUAUUAUCCGUUGAAUCCUUCAGAUCUAUUGCGGUUCCGAAUCGGUUGGGAUGGAAUAGAACAACAGUUAAGGUGGGAUGAUGGUGAGAAGAAAUGGACUAUUUUGCUAUCACAACCUGACCCUGCUAACAGAUGUGAUCUUUACAACUAUUGUGGGAAUUAUGCAACUUGUGACAACUUUGUUUCUCGAAGUACUUGCAAUUGUUUGCAAGGGUUUAGGCCAAAGUUUCCAGAUCAGUGGACAAGAGGGAACUGGUCCGGCGGGUGUGAACGGAGGGUUGAACUGCAGUGUCAAAGGACUAAUGGGACAGCAGGGGGAAAUGGAGGUGGUAAACCGGAUGGGUUUAAGCGAUUAAUGUGCAUGAAGUUUCCUGAUUUAGCAAACUUGUGGUUAUCGGCAAGGAGCUUAGAUGCUUGUAAACGAAGUUGCUUGGGGAAUUGUUCCUGUACUGCAUAUACAUUUGUUUCUGGCAUUGGAUGCAUGAUAUGGACUGGAGAUUUGGUUGAUGUUCAGUAUAUAGAACAAAGUGGACGUUUACGCUUCUUUUACCGCCUCCAUCAUUCCGAAUUAGAUGACAAGAGGAAGAUACCCAAAGCUGUGAUAUUUAUAGUUUCUCUGUUGGGAACAUGCUUCUUGGUGGUGUCUCUAUGGCUGCUAUGGAGAUACAAGAAGGAUCUAAAAGGUUUGUCUGCAGUUGCAUCAAUGGCAUGUUGCAAGGACAAGGAUGCAGAGGUUUUCGAUGAAUCCAAAUCAAAGAGCAAAGAAUUCUCAGCAGAUGUUUCAGGAACAUCAGACAUCCUUACAGAUGGGAAUCAAGUUAAUGGACCAGAGUUACCAAUUUUUAAUUUCAGCAUUGUGGCAGCUGCAGCAAACAACUUUUGUGCAGAGAACAAACUCGGGCAGGGAGGUUUCGGUGCCGUAUACAAGGGAGAGCUUCCUGGAGGUCAAGAAAUAGCUGUAAAGAGGCUUUCAGGACAGUCAGGUCAGGGCUUAGAGGAGUUCAAGAACGAGAUUAUCCUCAUAGCCAAAUUGCAACACAGAAACCUUGUUAGACUAUUGGGAUGCUCUAUUCAAGGGGAAGAAAAGAUGCUGAUAUAUGAAUAUAUGCCCAAUAAAAGUCUGAACAACUUUCUUUUCGCCAAAGAAGCACGGCUCGAUUGGAGAACCCGACUCAGCAUUAUUGAAGGCAUUGCCAGAGGGCUUCUUUACCUUCAUCGAGACUCGAGACUUCGAAUAAUUCAUAGAGACUUAAAGGCCAGCAACAUCUUGUUGGAUGCCGAAAUGAAUCCGAAGAUUUCAGACUUCGGCAUGGCCAGGAUUUUCGGGGGUAACCAAAACGAAGCAAAUACGGUCCGAGUAGUUGGCACAUAUGGAUAUAUGUCUCCUGAAUAUGCCAUGGAAGGCCUGUUUUCAGCGAAAUCAGAUGUUUAUAGCUUUGGCGUAUUGUUGUUGGAAAUUGUUAGUGGACGUAGAAAUACAAGCUUCCGCUCAUCUGAACAUGCAAGCCUUAUAGCAUAUGCAUGGCAACAUUGGAACGAAGAUAAAGCGAUGGAAAUCGUUGAUCCAUCGAUCCGGGAUUCGUGCUCUCCGAGCGAAGUGUUGAAAUGCAUACAUAUAGGCAUGUUGUGCGUGCAAGACUCCACGACGCAUAGGCCGACGAUGGCCGCCGUGGUGUUGAUGCUCGAGAGUGAAGCUCCUACAUUUCCAAUGCCAAGGGAACCCACUUUUAGUUCCAUAAGAAGUUCCAUUGAUGGCCAAUUAGUUUUGGAUGGUCAAGAAAUUGUGUCUUCUAAUAAUGUUACAGUGACAACGAUAACCGGAAGAUAAAUUAAUUC